AUGGAGCCCCAGGGUGCUGGCGCGGGCGUCCGGUGCCGGGCACCGGAGCAUUUGGUGACGGCGGGGGGCGGCAGGCACGGCGGGCGCAGGCCUGGGCGGCGACAGGGCGUGGAAGGGGAGGCCGGUGAGGUAGGCGGCAGGAGGCAGCAGAAUGGAGGGCACGGGCGCCCAGCUGCGGGCGUGGAGGGGGGUGGAGGCCGCCGCGGGCGCGGUGAUGCAGGGGCGAGCAGAAGCGGGGGCCGGUCGACGACGUUCGCCGGCGAGCAGCUACAGCGGAGCUCGGGGGCGGUCGGAGCUCAGUCCGGGUGCGGAGGGCCGCGGUGGAGCUGGCGAGGCGCGGGCGCGCAGGUCACGGGGCCGGGCGCGCAUGUUGGGCGCGGCCAGCGCGAGGUGACCGCGGUCGGUGACGAGACCGGACGGGGAGAGGCGAUGGGGGAGAGACGCGACGAGAGGCGCAGAGGAGAAAGGGGAGGGGGCGGUUGCUCACUGGGCCAUGCAGGUGUGCGAGAGUGA